AUGGGCAAGGAGCGAUUUAUCGUGAACCCGUUCCCGGAGAUGCAGAUGUUGCCCGACGAGCGGCUGCAGUUGCAGGAUCUAGCGAACGACCUCAUCAUGUCCAACUUCCAGAAGUACAACAACUUUGUAUCCUUGAGCAAGCGAAAAGUCAAUCCGAAACGCUGGAAGAAGAUCAAGACGCGAGAGAAGCUCACUGUGUAUGCAGAGCGGCCUGAAAGCGCCCGAUGCUCCGGUGCUAACGACCUCACAGGCUCUGGUCUUCCAAUGAUUCUAUGCAUCGGAACCAUGGAAGGCAAGCUGGAAGACUUGAUGUACGGCGUGAUGAGUGAAGACCUCGAGACCAUGCGGCUCAAGGCCUCGUACGUCGACGACGUCAGCGGUGCUGCGGUGCUAGACCCCAUUGUGCUGCCAACGCUCGAAGAUCCGUUCCAGUCUCUCGUCAUCAAGUGGAUGGAGCUUGAUAUCCCGUUCGCCUCGACCAACCUCGUCAAGAACCGGGACUACGUGUACGCUGAGGGGACCGGGUUCGUGACUGCCGAAAAUGGUGAACGACUCGGCUACCACCUCCUCCACACCGUGAGCUUCCCACAAACGCAUCAGCUUCCCAACCGAAUUCGGGGCAACGCAUCGAUCAUUGGUUUUUGGCGACAAGCUGGGCCCAACACGAUGGAGAUCUACGCUACCGGCAUCUUUGAUCCUUGCGGCGAUUGGAUCCGCGUUCUGGUGGUGCCGGGAAUGGCUUCUGCCUUCUUGUCCAGCGUCAAGUACGCCAACUGCGGUGAAAUGCGCAAGCUUUCGUUCAUGCUCGACAAGGCCUACACGGAGUUCAGGCAGCACGGCACGCCCCACAGGACGAACGGGUGCGUCGUUUGUAGCAGUUCACUCGCAGGCCGUCGGCUUGGUGACUUUGGAAGGAGCAACAGCACCUGCAAACUGUGCUUCGGGCACGUGUGCCAUUCGUGCAAAGUCGUGAAGAAGAUGAGUUUCGUGGACCCAGACCUGAUGCUGUCCAGACGCAAGGUGACAUUCUGCACUGCUUGUAUCAACUUGGUGAAGGGCAUGAGUGCUAUCGACGUCGUUCGAGCGAAAAUGCUUUCCACGAAGAAGGGCGUUAACUACCUUAGGAGCCACACCAGCUCGACUGAGAGCGGGGACUUUGGUAGCGAACUAGCCUACUUGUCUGAAGAUUAG